AGUAAAGCGGCUAUCAUGAGUUGAACGAGAAUAAUCUGGCAUAAUUCUAUUUUACCAAUCAUCAUUAUUAAAUUUCAUAUUUGAGUGCCAAAUACAUCGUUUUUUACAUACAUUCAAACGAAUAUAACGAAAACAUUAAGAAAAAAAGUGAGCAUCUUUAAACUUCACUUCAUCGAGAAUUACUUCCUACAUCUUUCACGGAAAUUGCGUUAUUGUUUGUUCGAUUUUAUCAAACAAUAUUAAUAAAAUAUUACAAAAUUUAUUUUUCGAAAGAAUUGCGACAUGUGUGAUUAAUCACGUCGUGUUGCAUACAGAAAUUUCGUCUUUUCUUCUUUGUAUUCUGUCUCAUCGGAAGACAAAGUUUGCGUGAAGUCAUUAGUCAAAGUGGAUACGCGACGAUGCUUCAACACGAAAUAUACGUCGGAUUUUCGAGGAAUGAGAUAAUGAAAUCACGCUGGUCUCUUGAAAAAAAAGGUACGCACUGAGAUAAUUGACGAAGAAUUGUUCUGGCCCUUUCUGACGUAUCUGCUGACGGUACUUUUUUGAUCUCCGCGGGAUAUUUCUUAACUUUUUCUGCUGAGCACAUAACCGGCAUAUUCGGGAAAGCAAAAAGAGAAGAAGAAGGUGAGAAAAAUGGCAACCGGAUACGAUGAUUGUUACGACGCUUCCUGGCAUCUGAUACCGCCGGAUUACAUCAGCAACGAGGAGGAUUACAGACUGCUCGAAAGUAUGAAAAUGCCGGCUAGGACAUCCGGUUUCGCUAUUAGCGACAUUUUAGAGUUAAACGAUACCAAGCCGUCACAAGAAGAAACAGAUGCGCAAGGUGCCACAACCGUUCUACCAAUAUCCAACGACAUGCCACUUGCUUAUCAACAAUUUCUGGAGCACACGACUGCCAUGCUACAACCUAUGCACCCUAUGAACAGGGGUACGUUGCCGCCACCCCCGCCCGGAUUAUUAGGUUGGCCAGCUGGACCAGCGCUACCGACAACGUUAUCUCAACCCUUGGUGGAAGAGGUGAAUGUUCUUCAACAACCAGACUCGACGAGUCCGGCGAUCUCGGACAUGUCGUUCCCGUCGCAGCAGGAGAACAGUCACGAAUCGUCUAAGGACGAGGAGUCGCAGGACUUCGAGGACGAGCAGCAGGCUGGCAACGAGACGGCGCAACCCCACGAGACCGAGCACAAGAAGCGAAAGCGACGAGUCCUGUUCUCCAAGGCGCAGACUUACGAGCUGGAGCGACGUUUCCGUCAGCAGCGUUACCUGAGCGCGCCCGAGCGCGAGCAUUUGGCCUCCAUCAUUCGUCUCACGCCUACCCAGGUGAAGAUCUGGUUCCAGAAUCACAGGUAUAAGACGAAGAGGGCAGCGAGCGAGCGCGUCGAGGCCGGCGGCAGCGGGUGCUCGCCCAGGAGGGUUGCUGUACCAGUGCUGGUGAGAGACGGUAAGCCCUGUCAAAAGCUGAUGGAGCAGACGUAUGCCGGAAGCAAUCAGGUUCCGAUGUCGUUCGGCAUACCACAAAAACUUUGGUGGUAGAAAAGAUCGGGUUGGUUGAAGAAAAAAGAAAGGUUCGCGCAAUGAAUGAUCAUUUCGCGAAUCAUCGGCGAUAAAGACGCUGUGAUAAGAUGUGAAUAUAAAGAACGGAUGUAAGGAAUUGUUCGAAAUGGAAAAAUUCUAGCAAUGUUGAGAGCGCGAAGAGUGCAUGAAAAUUCAUUAUGAUACACGAUAGUAUGUACGAUGAUUAUGUGUUAGUGAUUAUAAAUUCACUAUGGAUAUUGUCGAAAAUUCAUUUGGAAAGACCAACAAAGAAACAUGAAGAGUUAUAAUACGAUUGAGAUUAAACAUCAAUCAAGUGAAAAGAGGAAGAUUGAUAGAGAAAUAAUUUUGAUUCUUUCGAUUCUACAUGUUUUUCGACUUCUAGUGAAUAAUUGAUGCAUAUCCACUCGAACUCUUCUGAUGUAAUUCAGAUGUGCGACAAAAUUAAAGAGACGCACAGCAAUGAUGAGAUAAAAAACUAAGUCCACCUUCGAGUUAUAAAAAGCGUGAUUAGCUGACACACUGAAUUUUAACUAUCGCGUGUAUUUUUCAAAACUAUCGAUCUUCAAAAAGAAUAGCAUUACGCAUGAAGUUUUGAUAGCAUUUCAUAAAAGACACGUGUUCAAAGAUACUGACUUGUUAGGAAACUGAAAACGAUCGAUAUCUUUCUAAAAGAAGGAUUAUUGUCGAAACUUAAUACGGGAAAUUGCUGUUUUACGAUAGCAAUAAAUACUCGUUUAAGUCGACGUGCGAUGAAAAAUGUGCAUGGAAAGUUUAGCAAAUGGAAUGAAAAUUAAACAUUCAAAGAUAUAGAUGAUAGAAAGAAUGUAUCCAGCUCAUAGAAGGUAGCAAGAAGAUGAAUUUAUUAAUGAUGUGGGAUACAUAUUCUUAAGAAAUGUCGAAGCAGUCGAAUAUUUCCUUAAUAUUUCAAAAGACAAGCAAAUAUCGCAACAUAUUACUUCAUAAAAUUACUUACGUAGAACACAUUAUUGCAUAUAAGCGAAUAUUUAGCUAAUUAAAAAAUAAAAUGUCGAUAUUGACAAUUUGAGGAAUGAUAAAACCUGAAUGUUCAAAAUACAAGUAAGUGUGGAAGAUUAAUAAUAACGCAAAGUAGUUUAACGAAAACAGAUAAUUAAAAAACUGCGAGCCCUUUGCUCGGAAUUCUUCAGUUUCUUAAAAUAACUGAAAUCCAGUGUACUACAAUUAAAAAUUGUUGCGGCUAGUGUUGAUAUUCAUAAAAAAAUUGAAGACAGUGCGAAUACCGUCGAAAACCAAAGAUCGCUUUCGCGUACGAGCUAAUUUCGUGUAUGAACUAGAGCUUGACGUGAAUAAAUAAAUAUUUAAUUAUAGAUAAAAAAACCGUAUAAAAAAGAGUUUCUCAUUAAAUGAUAUCGAUGUUGCGUUCUUACGAGAUAAGAUAUUUGUACAAACUUGUUACACAAUAUCCCGGUUACUUACGUAGAAUUCGAAUUUAGUCCUUAGAAUGUGUGUCGUAGAAAAGAAUAUCGUAAAUGCAAAGAAUUUCGAUUUAAUCCUGAGGUGCACCAUGUCGUCUAUCAUAUAAUUAAAUUCACGCACAUUUAACGUCUUUUUUCGAAUUUUUCGAUAAUAGAUCACACGAGAAUAAAUUACUGCCAAUGAAUUAAAGUCGAAUUUAAUUAAAUUGUGUAUGUAUGUGUCUGUGUGUAUGUAUAAAGUAGACAUGCAGAGUUCUGAAGAGCCAUCUUGAAAAAUAGAACGAUGUCCAGAAAUACUAAAUUUCGAAAUUGAAAAAUUAAUGCAAAAAAUUCUAAACUAAUAUAAUUUCAAAAUUAAGCAAGCAAAGUUCAGAAAUACAAUUUUUCUUAAAAAUAUAAAACAGACGAAACUACAAUCUCGAAAUCAGGUGAGUGAAUCACUUCUCAAUUAAUUAAUACAUAGCUAAUCUAUGAUUCCGCACAUAUUUUUCUCAUGUUCUUGAAAGAUUCAGAUUUGGCAGAUAUCUGAUAUAUUUAAUAGAUUCUCAAAAAAUUCUAUACUCGCAAGAUAUAUGUAGCUACGAUUAUGGUUCUAUAUUUCUUGAUUGUCUAAUGCGACAUUUUCGUUUCUCGCAAUAAAUUUGCUCGAAAGAGGAAAUAAGUGGCCAGUUUGGAGGAUACAUUUAAUAAGUACAUAUAUGUCAUCCUCAUUAAAUAUUUUCUUCGGAAUUAAAUAUGAUUUUCUUAAUGAUUUUUUUAUAUGUACUUGAAGAAAAUUAAAUGAGGAAAACUUGCCACGAUGAUAUGAUUUCAAAUGGAAUGAUUCAUUGAUAUUAACACAGGCUUUGUAUCUUAAACUGACAUUGUUAUCUCUUAAACUUAAAUUCUUUAAAUAGUACAUUGAUAAUGCAUGUACUAUCCUGAUAAUGUUACAUAAUUAUUAUGAUGUUUGAUGUCAUAAUAAAUCGAAGAAUAGAAAGCGAGAUCGAUACUGUGAGCAAUCGUAAGAAUAUAUUGCAGUGUUUCGUCCUUAAUUAAUUAAUUACAUAUAAACUGUAUAUAUGUACAUUGUGUAUGAUACGUAUAGUAAACUAAUAUAUCAGAAGCGUAUUUAAUAAAUCUUGAUCCUAAGAAAAGUAAAUUUUUUUACUAAU